UAAUUAUAUUAGCCUUAUUCCUAAAAUUCAACCACUGGGAUUUUAAAAGAUUAGAUCAUCGAUAAGUAAUCUAACAGUUGCCCCCGUCCGAUGCUUCUCUGGUUACUGUAGGCGAGACAAGGAUGAAGAUGUAUUCUCUGGCCUCUCAGUCUGCACCAUCCUCAAUAAGUACCCCAUUUCUCAUUGUUAAGGCGGGUAGAAUUGCGGUCGCCCCUUCCUUACUGCAAUGUACCAGAGCCUCUCUCCCUGCGCCUUGUGCCUUUACUGUUGCCUACAAAGAUAUUAUUGACAGAGUUGGGUCCAGAAGAAUUGGCCCUGUCCGAUGCUUCUCUGCAUUAACUCCUGAAUUGAAGACUACCUUGGAUAAAGUAGUUACGUCACACAAGGUGGUUCUUUUCAUGAAGGGAACCAAGGAGUUCCCACAAUGUGGAUUCUCCCACACUGUUGUCCAGAUAUUGAAGAGUCUGAAUAUACCUUUUGAAACAAUAAACAUACUUGAAAAUGACAUGUUGCGUCAAGGUCUGAAGGAAUAUUCCAACUGGCCGACCUUUCCUCAACUCUACAUUGAUGGGGAGUUCUUUGGUGGCUGUGACAUUGCUCUAGGGUCAAAAUGGAAAACAGAUGAAUUUCUGGGUCUGUUUCAGCAAGUCAGACUGGGCUGUUCAAAUGGGGUUUGCGGAGGUAAUUAUGUGGAAGCAAGGAGAAGGAAGGAUUGAUGACUUUUAGCACCUUUGGCAAAAAGGGUUAUUGUUGAUGAAGCAUAUAAGAGCGGGGAAUUGCAGGAAUUACUGGAGAAGGCGUCCUGCUCCUAGCCUAAAGGAAUUUGGAAUGUGACUUCCCACAGAAGGUUUCAUUUAUGUCACUACUUGCUCCGACACUGUUUGUAGUAUAAAGAACAUAUCAUUUAUUUGGCUACGGGAAAUAAAACUAAACACACUAUGGUAUAAGUCUACUUUCCAAUUCGGUAAUGGAGAGGUGUAACAACACAUAUAGCUGUUAGGUGUGGUUCCUUGAACUGGGUAGAAUUUAUACUUUUGAAGGCCUUGGGUGCCAAGUAUAUCCACGGUGCCACCCAAGGUAGUAGCUCCUCUGCUGAUGCCCCUUACGUUGAGAAUUUAGAUCUCAUCAUCGAGUUUGGUGUUAUUCGUGAUAUAAUCUAUGGGUUUAAGAGUGGAGUAGUUGAUAAUUGACACUACCUUGGGUGGCUUUUAAGAGGGGUUUCCUUUGGGUGUUCAUUUUUGACACAUGUUGGGUUACAAAGGCAGUAUGUCUGUGUCUUUAAUUACUCAGAUUUCCCUUUUACCAAGAAGAAGAUAUACGUGGCCAUGUGAAAUUUGUGAC